GGCAAGAUUCUCGGCCAAGAAGAUAGAUUCUAGAACAGCAUCGCCAGCAUCAAUCCCAAGAAGCCCCUUGCCAUCUCACCUUCGGUCUCAUCCCAUCAAUCCUCAUCUACCUCACCAGCCAAGAUGAAGUUCUCCGCUUUCGUCCUCGCCGCCGCUGGCAUUGUCGCCGCCGCUCCCGGCACUCAGCUCGUCCAGCGCAACUACUCUCCUCUCACCCCUCGCUCGUCGCGCUCCCGCUACAACUCUUCUCCCAUCAAGAGACUCUCCACCGAGGCCGUCGAGACCCUUGAGAAGACCUCCGGCGUCAAGAACGUCGACUACUCCAGCAACUGGGCCGGUGCCGUCAAGAUCGGAACCGGAUACAACCACGUUACCGGUACCAUCACCGUCCCCGAGGUCAGCGGCUCCAGCGGCGCCGCCGCCUCCGCCUGGGUCGGUAUCGACGGCGACACUUGCCAGACCGCCAUCCUCCAGACCGGUAUCUCCUUCUACGCCGAUGGCACCUUUGAUGCCUGGUACGAGUGGAUCCCCGACUACGCCUACAGCUUCUCCGGCUUCUCCGUCUCCGUCGGUGACCAGAUUAAGAUGACCGUCGACGCCUCCUCCAAGACCAAGGGUGUUGCCACUCUUCAGAACCUCACCACCGGCAAGACCGUCACCCACACCUUCACCAGCACCCCCUCCACCCUCUGCGAGACCAACGCCGAGUGGAUCGUCGAGGCCUUCGAGGAGAACGGCAGCCAGGUCACCCUCGCUGACUUCGGCACCGUCGUCUUCACCGGGGCCGCCGCCUCCGGCUCCAGCGGCUCCACCACCCCUGCCGGAGCUGAUAUCAUUGAUAUCUCCCCCAACAGCGGCCGCACCAUCGAGGCCUCUGCCUCCGUCAGCGGCAGCACCGUCACCGUCAAGUACGUCGGUUAAAUAUUUGCUCAACUGAGUACUUAUCACGAUUAAACGACUACCACCUUGCUUUAAGGUGGUCUCAUACAGGGUGGGAUCCUGUAAUCAUGGGGUUGCGGGGAGUGGCGAGGGGUAGAUGCUUGGUUGUUCCUAUUCUGAGUCGAAUGGAAGCAUUCCGCUCCUUUUUGGCGAUUGAUGGUUGACAUGGUGUUAUGACGCGGCCUUUUGGCCAUUCAUCUUGUGCAUAUUGGAUAGCUUCCAUAGUAAAUGACAGAAC